AUGAUUGAUCUUCGUAAACGUGUUUUUUCUAUGUAUGGGAAAAACAAAAAUUUGAAAAAAAUCGAUAUAGUAAAACAUUUUGAACUUGAAGGUUUUAAAAGAUCAACAAUUUAUAAUAUAAUAAAACGUUAUGAAAAUGGUCUACCAAUUGAAGACUGUCCAAGGAGUGGUCGUCCACCAUAUUUCGAUAGAAAAAAAUUGAAGCGUCUACAACAUGCUGCUGCAAAUCGUAUUGGUGUGAAUCAACGAAAAUUAGCAACAAAAUUUGGUGUCACACAACCAGCUAUUCAUUAUAAUUUGAAGAAACUUGGUCUUAAAUAUUAUAAACGUCAGAAGGCACCUAAAUAUACAACAAAACGACUUCAACAAAUACCAAAAAAAUGUGGAAAUAUUAGACGUCAACUUACAACAAAACACACAUUCAUUAUUGUCGAUGAUGAAAAAUACUUUAGCUUCUCAAAUGAUGAUAUGCCACAAAAUACUGGUUUUUACUCGUUUGAUAAAGAACAUGUUCCAGAUAAUGUGAAAUACAAAACAAAAGAAAAAUAUUCAAAAAAGGUUUUAGUGUGGUUAUCAUUAUCAGCAAAAGGUAUUUCAAAACCUUUUAUUGGAACUGCAAAGGGUCCGGCUAUUAAUUCCAAUGUUUAUAUUAAAGAAUGUUUAAGUAAACUUCUUGUAUUUAUUGAAACUUAUCAUUCUCAUGAUGAUUAUAUAUUUUGGCCCGAUUUAGCAACAUCACACUAUGCUAAUGAAACAACACAAUGGCUUAUUCAACAUCAGAUCAAGUUCAUUCCCAAACAAGUUAAUCCACCAAAAGUUCCAAAAGCCCGACCAAUAGAAGACUUCUGGUCGAUACUUGCUAAUAAAGUGUAUGAAGGAGGUUGGGAAGCAACAACUGAAUUACAAUUAAAACAAAGAAUUCGGAAGAAAAUAAAAGAAGUCGAUAUGAAGGUUGUUAGUAACAUGAUGAACACCAUACGAACAAAAUUGAGAAAAAUAGAAAAUAGUGGACCAUUUGCUAUACUUUAA